AUGGACAAAGCUCCAUUGAAAGAAGUCCCGGAACGGAUAAUCGAUAAAGAACGUGGCAUCACUUAUAUCAGAGGGAAAUUUCUUGGCAAAGGAGGCUUUGCUAGAUGUUAUGAACUCACCAAUGCUUCCACGAAUGAAGUGUUUGCUGGCAAGAUUGUCUCAAAGACAUUACUUGUCAAGCCGUAUCAGCGUGAAAAGAUGACUCAAGAAGUGCAAAUCCAUCGUAACUUAAGUCAUCCACAUGUGGUGCAGUUGUAUAGUUUUUUCGAGGACAGUGAUAACGUUUAUAUUACAUUGGAAUUAUGCCCUCGCAGAUCACUGAUGGAAUUGCAUAAACGGCGAAGAUCAGUCACCGAACCAGAAGCACGUUAUUUCACACACCAGGUGUGCUUAGCCGUGGACUACCUCCAUGAUAAGAAGGUGAUUCACCGUGACUUGAAGCUAGGAAACCUUUUCCUCAAUGGCGAACUCCAGGUUAAAAUAGGUGAUUUUGGUCUUGCAACUACUGUAGAUAUGGAAGGUGAACGCAAGAAAACGUUAUGUGGUACUCCAAACUAUAUAGCUCCCGAAGUGCUUGAUAAAAAAGGUCACUCGUUUGAAGUAGAUGUAUGGGCGAUUGGUUGCAUUUUGUAUACGUUGCUCUUUGGGCGUCCUCCAUUCGAAACGAAAUCACUGAAGGAGACUUACAGCCGUAUAAAAAUGAAUCAGUAUCGCGUUCCAUCGAAUGCGGGACAGAUCGUCAGCCAUCUCAUCCAAAACCUCUUAGCGGCCGAUCCUGCGAAACGGCCCACGGUGAAACAGAUACUGGCCCAUGAAUUUUUCCGUUCUGGUUAUAUGCCAACUCGGCUUCCAAUUUCCUGCCUUACAAUGGCACCUAAGUUCAAUCGUCACAGCGAGGUUGGUCUUCCUGCUACCACUGACAAGCGCGGAGUACCUGCUGGUGUGCUUAGUCCUAAACAGUUGGUGAAACAAGAUCUCAUGAGUGGCCACGCCCGCGCCUUGAAUGCUGUUCCCGAGAACAAAGCCUUGGAUGGGGAACGUAUCGACAGAGGGCUUGGUGUUGCCAAAGUACCAGAAGACGGUUACCUGUCUGAGUUAUACGAACAGAUUGCUUCACUUUGUAACGCUCGUGUUGCGGACCGAGAAUUACGGGUAGAAGAUGAAGCGCCUGAGGCAAUGCCCAUAUUCUGGAUCAGCAAAUGGGUGGACUACUCUGAUAAGUACGGAAUCGGGUAUCAGCUUUGUGAUAAUUCGGUUGGGGUGUUGUUCAACGAUAGUUCAAAGCUGGUACUUGAUGAGGCCGGCAAUGAGCUGACAUAUAUCGAGAAAAAUGAAACAGAAAACUACUACGGUAUAGAGUCUUAUCCUGAAACCUUAGCCAAAAAGGUUACUUUGUUGAAAUAUUUCCGUGCUUAUAUGAACGAACAUUUAAUAAAAGCUGGAGCCCAUGUGGUGAAGAAAGAUGGUGAUGACCUAGCCCGACUGCCGGUUCUACGAUACUGGUUCCGAACACGAUCUGCGAUUGUGUUGCAUUUGUCCAAUGGCACUCUGCAAAUCAAUUUCUUUGAAGACCAUACAAAAACGAUAGUUUGUCCAUUGAUGGGAGCGAUUACGUACAUUGAUGAGCACAGGAAUUUCCGUGUCUACAAGUUGUCGCACCUGGAAAGAAAUGGAUGUACAAAGGCACUUAUGAGUCGUCUGCGGUACGUGAAAACGAUGGUUGAGCGGAUGAUGUCUAACAGCAACAGUCGUCCUGGCUCCUUAAGCACUGUGCGGGUUAGAAUAUGA